GCCUACAAAAUAUAACUUCCCAUCAUGUACGGCCAUGUAUUCACCGAGGAAUGGGCUCGGAGAGCAAGGUGUGGGGAUAUAUAACGGCGUGUUUUUUGCGCCUGAUCCUUCAGUCGUUUCUCCUAGAAAACUGCCGCUCUUUUGCUUGACUGAUACAGACACUCUUUGACCUUGAUGCGGUCCCUCACCUUUUUGACGGUCGCAUCUCUCUCAACCCUUGUCUUCUCUAGCCCAGAACCUGAACAUUCACGAGACUUGUACAAACGAAAUAUCGUCUACGAUGGCCAGAUCGCAGACACUUACGACUUUAUAAUUGCUGGGGGUGGAACUGCAGGCCUUGUCCUCGCCGCUCGUCUUUCCGAAGACUCUAAUACUACGGUGCUUGUCCUAGAAGCGGGCGACACCGGUGAUGCAGUCAAAAAUUCUGUUGACGUUCCGGGCAACGCCUACUACUCUUCCUUGCUUGGCACUUCAUAUGACUGGCAAUAUACCACCGUACCUCAGCCUAAUGCUGGGAAUCGUGUUCUCCCUUGGGCACGAGGAAAACUGCUCGGCGGUAGUUCCGCCGUUAACGGCAUGUACUCCGUGCGACCCUCUAAAAUCGAGGUCGAUGCCUGGGCAGGCAUGAUUCCUGGUGGCGAUGACUGGAAUUGGAAUAGUCUUUUCGCUGCCAUGAAGAAGUCUGAGACGUUCACUGAGCCCAGUGCUGAAAUCAAAACGGAGGGUGCGAUCAUGUAUGACAAGAGUAGUCAUGGUUUUGAUGGACCCCUUCACUCAUCAUAUCCCGGAUUCAUUUUGCCGAUCGUUGGCAACUGGACCGCUACUCUUGAAGGGAUCGGUAUUCCUCGAACUGCUGAUGCAAACGGUGGAGAAGGCUGGGGCGCUUUCAUCGCAACUUCUUCAAUCAACCCAUCAAACUGGACCCGUUCAUAUUCCCGCUCUGCUUACAUAGACCCUCUACCCAACCGCCCAAAUCUAUCGAUUCUUGCUAAUGCGACCGUUACACGCCUAAUCUUUUCAAAUUCCUCUUCGCAAGGGAACCUAACAGCGAGCGCUGUUGAGUUUGCUAGCACACGUAAUGGACCGAAGAAGACGGUCAACGUUCGGAAGGAAGUCAUCCUGGCUGGUGGCGCGAUUGGUAGCCCCCACAUCUUGCUGCAUAGCGGUGUUGGACCCAAGGACGUCUUGAACGCAGCUGGUGUUCCUGUCAGCCUUGAGUUGCCUGGUGUCGGACAGCACCUCCAGGAUCAUAUCAGUACCCAAGUUGUUUGGAAGACAUCUCAGGACACAGCAGCUUCGAUCCACUCUGCCGGUUCUAACUCUCAAGAUGGCAAAUCGACACCGUUCUUAUCCUUCAUCAACUCCGCAACAGCCUAUGCCAACAUAUCUGACCUUGUCGGCCCAGACUUCACGCCUACAUUCCAUCAGCAAAUCGUCGACGCACUCGAUCAGUCAUCGACUUCACUUGUGCCUAGCCAAGAUCCUACUGUUAUUGCAGGAUACAAGGCGAUCUAUCAGACCACUGCGAAUGUCCUCACGACGCCUGUUGGUCAAGUCGAGAUUUUGCUCAGUUUGACUGGUACGGCUGUUGGUGGUGCACAGAGUGUCGCCAUUCAGGCCGCUUUGCAGCACCCUUUCAGUCAAGGUCGAUUGUAUAUCAACACAUCUGAUCCUUUCGACUACCCUAUCAUCGACCCCAACUAUUUGUCGCAUUCUGCUGACAGGAUCAUGCUCCGAGAAGGUCUCAAGCUCGCUCGAAAGAUCGGCAACACUGCUCCUUUGAAUAGCGCUAUUACCGAUGAACUAUCACCUGGAUCUUCUGUCAGCACAGACGAGGAUUGGGACAAGUGGCUCGCUGGUGCCAUUGGUACUGAGUUCCACCCUUCUUGUUCGUGUGCGAUGUUGCCCAAGGAGCAAGGUGGUGUUGUGGACGCCAACUUGAAGGUGUACGGACUUGUCGCGUAGCCAACGUACGGAUUGCAGAUGCUGCGGUCUAUCCUAUUCAAUUUGCUGCUCAUCUGCAAGCUCCCAUUUACGGUCUUGCUGAGCAGGCGGCCAACAUCAUCCGUGCGACCUACAACGGUGUCAUAUUGCCUUCUGCUACCUCAGUGUCGCCGCCAAGUGCGACGUCCACGCAGCCCAUUCCCACUGGUACCAACGUAGGAACCACGAGCGGCGCGCUUUCAAAUUUCAUUCAGCAUGGAGCCCUUUGGUCAAGCUUCCAAGUCGCAUUCGUUUUUGCUCUUUGGACUUACAUCCUCUGACAUUGAUCUCAUUCACGGACUUCUAUUGAUCUCGGACUUCUAUUCUCUUGUAUAAACCGCACAUUGUAGAUAUACCCCCUCUGCUCCGUCUGUUGCAAGAUAUUGUUAAUUGUACGGGCUCUGUUACAUUAAUCAACGCCAUGUCUACCCUCAGUUUAGGUACUUUAGCUGUGUAUAGUAGGCUAGUACUACGAUAACACAUCCGACUGGAAUUGAAUGUCGAUUCAACUCGUAUCCGUUUC